GUAUCCACUGUACGUUUAUAUUUAUGUACCUACUCGUUAGCUUGCGCACCCUUUUCAUCAUUUUUUUUUAACAAAAUGAGGGAUUAACAAAGUUUCUCCUUCGAUUUUUCCACUUCUUUAUAUGCUAGAAAGCAUUUUUUUUUUUUUUUUUUUACACCCCAUUGAGAUAACAUACGUUACAUAGCAUAAUAACAUAUGAAUAAGUACAAGAAAAAGUAAACGUAUGAGCGUGUUUUCCUGGAUUGAGAAAUAUUCGCUUCCCCUCCCCAGUGCUCGUACGCAUUUCUGUAUUAUCAUAACAAAGUUUGAAAAUGCUAUCAUUCGUAAAAAGCGUUGGCAGAGGUUUCGCGCGUACCUACUCCUGGUGUAAAAGUGCAAGUUGUCGUAGAUUUUUCAGCGAAGACUAUUUUUGGACUAAAGCGAAUGUCGGUCCAUUCUUCAUUUGCCUUCUAACUGCGCCCUAUUGGUUUGCAGGCAUAAAGAAUAUUUAUUGGACGCUGCGCUACGAGCAAUUAAAUAAACAGGAAAUACUCUCUGACAGAUUCACCUGGUUGUACGAAAGGAUGUUAGAAGACGAAGUACAUAAGACCCUUUUGCAGAAGCUACCCUCCUACAACUUUAAAAAUAAUGGCCCAGAAAAUAUGUUAGGCCCAAGCCAAAUAUAACCUUCGCUUCGCUUCCCCAUUUUAUGUACCGCUAAUCGAUACCUGUGAGUAUUAUAUUUAGUGUGCAACACUGCAAGUGAUAUUUUCUCCUUACUUCACCCUAUUUUUGGACACUCUCAUGUUACCCUUUUUGAAA